AUGUCGCUCGAAGCCACUAUGAUCAUGUUCGUCUCCCCCGGUUCGGUGUUUAUGGACGGUAUCAUGCUAACGAAGUAUGAAACAGUAUCGAUAAUAGUGAAAGCAGCAGAAAUGGCGAUUACCUCUACUAACAGGACGAUAUCUAGCCCCACAAGAUUCGAGGCUCAAGCAGAUGCUGUGAACUUGGUUCACUCCGUAAAGACACAAGCUCACCCACAGUCGGCUGUUGGGCUGAUGAGCAUGGGUGGCAACGGCCCAGAGGUCCUGGUUACCCUGACUGAAGAUAUUGGCAAGAUCCUAGAAGGUCUUCACCGGACGAAGAUUGGCGGAACUUCACAUCUGGCCUCCAGCAUACAAGUUGCCUACCACUUAAACACCGAAAAGAAAAAGGCUCAGAGACAGCGGAUUAUCGUCUUCUCCUGCUCCCCGGUUGUUGAAGACGAAAAGUCGUUUGUCAAGCUAGCGUUGAAGAUGAAGAAGAACAAUGUUAGCAUUGACUUUAUUGCUUUUGGCGAGCUUGAUUCAGAGACAACGAAGAAACUAGAAGCCUUCCACGAGGCUGUCAACAGCGGAAACGGAUCAAAUCUUGUCAUCAUACCUCCCGGCCCUAAUCUCCUCAGUGACUCGAUUCUUCCAACCCCAAUCCUUGGAGGACGCGGUAUGGCAUCGCAUAUGGAGGGAGGAGAGGAUGUUGGUGGCGGCUCAUUUGACUUUGGAAUUGACCCCUCUGCCGAUCCUGAGCUGGCAUUUGCUCUACGCAUGUCUUUGGAGGAAGAAAAAGCAAGAUUAGAGAAGGAGAAGCAGGAGAAGGAAAAACAGGCCAAGGAAUCUAUGGAUAAGAUACCGGAAGAGGGCGGGGAGGCCAGUGGCAGCGGAAGCGGGAAGAAAGAUAGUGAUAAGAAAGAAGGUGACGGAGAUAAGAUGGAUACGUCGUGA